AAUUUCUAAGAAAGAUUUACAAUCGAUUUGUAAGAAUGUCCAGAUAGAUCCUACUACUAGUUCAAUUACAGGCAUAACUGGUCAUAAAUUACCUCUUAUCGGGGCUACUAACAUUUCUUUGAAAUCAGACAGUGGUAAUUUUGUAAAUAUUCCCUUUCUUGUUAGUGAAUAUGGUCCAUCUUUAUUGGGAUUAAAAGCCCUUAGAUUGUUAAAUGUCGAAAUCUCACUUUGUACUGAGUUGUUUGAUGAAUCUUUGUUCAGAGAAUUACUUCUCCAAUGUUCAAAGAGUGUAGGUGGUAUGAAGAUUCAGCCCAUCCAUCUUGAAAUAGAGGGUGAUCCUAUCUUCCUGAAACGCCGAUUAAUUCCAUAUGGAUUGCGAGAUGCAGUUAAGAAAGAGUUAGACAAGUUGGUUGAGCAAGGCAUACUUAUGCCAGUUGAGUCUUCAAAUUGGGCUACUCCUAUUGUUACGCCACUAAAGGCUGAUGGAAAAACACCUAGAAUUUGUGGUGACUACCGCCUUACACUCAAUAGUCGUCUACUACAGCAAAGUUGCACUACUCUAGAAACUGAAGACAUUCUCUACAAGCUACAUGGCUCAAGAUACUUUUCCAAAAUAGAUCUAAAAGAUGCCUAUUUGCAAAUUCCUCUUGAUGAGGCGUCUAGUGCAUUAACAACCAUUAAUACUCCAUUUGGAUUGUUCAAGUAUAAGUUCUUGCCUUUUGGUUUAAAGGUUUCACCCGCAAUAUUUCAAAAUGUAAUAAAUCAGAUGAUAGAUGGAUUAGAUGGUGUUGAGUCAUACCAAGACGACAUUAUAGUUCAUGGUCCUAAUAUCGAAUUGCAUAAUGAACGUCUUUUAAAACUGUUCAGGCGUUUAUGUGAGAAUAAUGUUCUUGUUAAUCCAUCUAAAUGUCAUUUCACUUUGUCGUCUGUAUCAUGCUUGGGAUACACAGUAGACUCCGAAGGUUUCAGACCUGAUGCUAGUCGUUUGGCACCUCUAAUUCAAGCACCGUCACCUAAUAAUAUGUCAUCGUUGAGAUCAUGGAUAGGUACUCUUCAGUUUUACUCCAGAUUCAUUCCCAACUUCACUCAACGGUUAUCUCCACUUUUUGAGAUUGUCUCCAGUAAACAGUUUAAGUGGGAACAACAACAUGAGAAUAUCUUGCGAAAAACUUUGGAGUUUCUUAAUAAACAAGCCUUCCUAAGACCUUUUUGUCGAAAGAUAAGUCUGUUCUCACUACAGAUGCUUCUCCUAUGGGUAUAGCUGCAGUACUUGAGCAAAAUGGACAACCUGUUAUUUGUAUUUCAAGACGUCUAAGUAAGAGUGAACAAGGGUACUCACAAACCCAGAAAGAAGCUCUAGCAGUUGUAUGGGCAAUAAGACGCUUGCACAAG